GCCUUCGUCUCAAAGCUGCAUGUGUAGUUACUGUUGAAGCAAUGCCUACCUAAUUUGACAGUCCUGGUGUGUUUAAAAAUUUUUGAGUUUGCAAAUAAUCGUAUUAAGUCUACUGAUGGAGCCUUCGGGCAGUGAACAGUUAUUUGAGGACCCUGAUCCUGGAGGCAAAUCCCAAGAUGCAGAGGCCAGAAAGCAGACAGAAUCAGAACAAAAGUUGUCUAAAAUGACCCACAAUGCUUUGGAGAACAUUAAUGUGAUUGGCCAAGGCUUGAAGCAUCUCUUCCAGCACCAGCGCAGGAGGUCAUCAGUGUCUCCACAUGAUGUGCAACAAAUUCAGGCAGAUCCAGAACCCGAAAUGGAUCUGGAAAGCCAGAACGCGUGUGCUGAGAUUGAUGGUGUCCCCACCCACCCCACAGCUCUGAAUCGUGUCCUGCAGCAGAUCCGAGUGCCACCCAAGAUGAAGAGAGGGACGAGCUUGCAUAGUAGGCGGGGCAAGCCAGAGGCCCCAAAGGGAAGUCCCCAAAUCAACAGGAAGUCUGGCCAGGAGAUGGCAACUGUUAUGCAGUCCGGCCGACCCAGAUCUUCAUCCACUACUGAUGCUCCUACCAGCUCCACUGUGAUGGAAAUAGCUUGUGCUGCUGCUGCUGCUGCUGCUGCGUGUCUGCCAGGGGAUGAGGCAUCUGCAGAACGGAUCGAGCGGUUGGAAGUAAGCAGCCUCGCCCAGACUUCCAGUGCGGUGGCCUCCAGCACUGAUGGCAGCCUCCACACAGACGCUGUGGAUGGAACACCAGACCCUCAGCGCACAAAGGCUGCUAUUGCUCACUUGCAGCAGAAGAUCCUGAAGCUCACAGAACAAAUCAAGAUUGCACAAACAGCCCGGGACGACAACGUUGCCGAGUACCUGAAGCUUGCCAACAGUGCGGACAAGCAGCAGGCCGCCCGUAUCAAGCAGGUCUUUGAGAAGAAGAACCAGAAAUCUGCCCAGACCAUCCUCCAACUACAAAAGAAGCUUGAGCACUACCACAGGAAGCUCCGAGAGGUGGAGCAGAAUGGGAUCCCCCGGCAGCCAAAGGACGUCUUCAGGGACAUGCACCAGGGUCUGAAGGAUGUGGGAGCAAAGGUGACCGGCUUCAGUGAAGGUGUAGUGGACAGUGUUAAAGGUGGACUCUCCAGCUUCUCCCAGGCAACCCAUUCAGCAGCAGGGGCCGUGGUCUCUAAGCCCAGAGAGAUCGCUUCACUAAUUCGGAAUAAGUUUGGCAGUGCAGACAAUAUCCCUAACCUGAAGGACUCUUUAGAGGAAGGGCAAGUGGAUGAUGGGGGAAAGGCUUUGGGAGUAAUUUCAAACUUUCAGUCCAGCCCCAAAUAUGGUAGUGAGGAAGAUUGUUCUAGUGCCACGUCAGGCUCAGUGGGAGCCAACAGCACCACUGGAGGCAUUGCUGUAGGAGCAUCCAGCUCCAAAACAAACACCCUGGACAUGCAGAGCUCAGGAUUUGAUGCACUACUACAUGAGAUCCAGGAGAUCCGGGAAACCCAGGCCAGACUAGAGGAAUCCUUUGAGACCCUCAAGGAACAUUAUCAGAGGGACUAUUCAUUAAUAAUGCAGGCCUUACAGGAGGAGCGAUAUAGAUGUGAACGAUUAGAAGAACAGCUAAAUGACCUAACAGAGCUCCACCAGAAUGAAAUCUUGAACUUGAAGCAGGAAUUGGCCAGCAUGGAAGAGAAAAUUGCAUAUCAGUCCUAUGAACGGGCUCGGGACAUCCAGGAGGCCCUGGAGGCGUGCCAGACCCGCAUCUCCAAGAUGGAGUUGCAGCAGCAGCAGCAGCAGGUGGUACAGCUGGAGGGGCUGGAGAAUGCCACCGCCCGGAACCUUCUGGGCAAACUCAUCAACAUCCUCCUGGCGGUCAUGGCAGUCCUUCUGGUCUUUGUCUCCACGGUAGCCAACUGCGUGGUUCCCCUCAUGAAGACUCGCAACAGGACGUUCAGCACUUUAUUCCUUGUGGUUUUCAUUGCCUUUCUCUGGAAGCACUGGGAUGCCCUCUUCAGCUACGUGGAACGGUUCUUUUCCUCCUCCAGAUGAUGCUGGCACAAGAAGGCAGUGCUCCCCUACCCUCUGGCGAGUGCAUGCGGCGAAGAAUUAGACAGCAACUUACCUACUCUGAAGUUUUCUACAACAACAAAAGAGUUGAGUGAAUCUGUUUACAUUUAGAAUAAUGUUUUUUUCUUCAAAAGACGCAAUUGCAAUAGUAUUUUUUAGAUUUUAUCCAAGAAGUUUUUUGGGCAAAAAUCUUGGAUCAUUUUUAUGUAGCAUGAUUUUCCUUGGGAUGCAGAUCUUAAACAGUCCUUUAACAUGAACCAACAAUCUGGAGCACACUGAAGGGCAUUCUAAAUUGUGGCUUGAAGGACUGCACUAAAAUCCACUAAAAAGAUGCGAACACCUGAUUAGGGAAACCAGUUAAACCUAACACCCUGCCUUGUCUGGGCUCACCACCUCUCCCCCUCCCAGACUAACUUUACUGUGAAGUCCUACCACAUUCCAUGUCUGAAUUUCUGGAUUCAGGGUGGAUUUUCCUUGUCCGUGGAAGAACACAUGGAUCUCCCUGGCUUUCUCACCCAAGUUGGCCACUCAUGGUAACCCUGGAAGUAUGAUCACUUUUGAACCUGGUCCCUUAACCUUUGCUAGGAUACACAAGUGAGAGCAUCAUGCCCCAAAGGAUCACUGCACAGUUCUACUACAGUAUUUUGAAGUAGCCCUCUAAAUACUUAACUUUAAGCAAAUCCCGUGGCCGCACUUUUAAGGUUUUUUUAAAUAUGUGUAUAGUCACCAGUUUAAAAAACAAAAAAUCUGAACAGCAUACUUGAAGAAUGUAAUACUCAAACUCUCAGUGCUUCCUUAUGGUUU